CGUACAUGUCGGAGCAGGACCGUCCGCGUGAGAGAGAGAGAGAGAGAGAGAGAGAAACAUAAUAAACAAAAAUACUUGUAGAAGAGAUCACACCGUGCGGAUGGAGAGAAGCAGGUCACCUUGAGGAAUGCUACUUUAUUAGGCGAGAAGAAGAAGAAGAAGAAAUAGAAGAGUGAGGCGGUUCCGUUGGUCCGCGCGCACACCGGCUGCCGAGGCGCUCGCGCUGCUCGCACGCACGCAAGCAGGCACGCAGGCAUGUCGGCAUGGCGUGCACCAGGAGAACCAAAACUUUGGUGUCGACGUGUGUGAUCCUCAGCGGCAUGACCAACAUCGUAUGUCUGCUCUACGUCGGAUGGGUGACGAACUACAUCGCCAGCGUGUAUAUCAAAGUGCCGGUGCCCGUCCCGGCCAGGAAGUUGGAGGGCGACAAGAAGGGCGAAACUCUGCGGAUUAUAGAGCGACUCAACCGGCUGGAAAAUGUCGUGAACCAGCACAUACAGGAAACCCCGCUGAAAGACAGCAAUCAGGAGGACCGAUCCUUUUCCGACUCCUCGCUCUUCAGCCACUGGGGCCAGGAUCUGAACUCCGAGAGCCGCCGGGUCGCCCUCAAGAUGUUCCAGUACUACGGUUACAACGGCUACCUCAGUGACCGCCUGCCCAUGGACCGAGCCAUACCCGACUACAGACCUGAGGGGUGUAAGAACAUGUCAUACCCCUCGAACCUGCCGCAGGUCAGCAUCGUCUUCAUCUUCGUGAACGAGGCGCUGUCCGUCAUCCUGCGCUCCGUCCAGUCGGCCAUGAACAAAACGCCGAGCCACCUGCUGAAAGAGAUCGUACUGGUGGACGACAACAGCAGCAGCGAGGAGUUGAAAGAGAAGCUGCAGGACUUCGUAGGAGAGACGAACGCUAAACGCCCAGGCUUCAUAAAGAUGGUGCGGCACAGCAAGCAAGAGGGUCUGAUCCGGUCCCGUGUGAGCGGCUGGAGGGCAUCGACGGCCCCUGUGGUGGCGCUGUUCGACGCCCAUGUGGAGUUUAACACCGGCUGGGCCGAGCCGAUCCUCCAGCGGAUCAAGGAGGACCGCACGCGGAUCAUCUCGCCGUCAUUCGAUAACAUCAAAUACGACACGUUCGAGGUGGAGGAGUACCCGCUGUCCGCUCAGGGCUUCGACUGGGAGCUGUGGUGUCGCUACCUGAACCCACCCAAGUCCUGGUGGAACCUGAACAACACCACCUCUCCAAUCAGGAGUCCUGCUCUGAUCGGCUGCUUCGUUGUAGACAGAGAGUAUUUUGAGGAAAUCGGGCUUCUGGACGAAGGCUUGGAAAUCUACGGGGGCGAGAACGUGGAGCUGGGCGUCAGGGUGUGGCAGUGUGGUGGCAGCGUUGAGGUUCUGCCCUGCGCCCGAGUCGCCCACAUCGAGCGCGCCCACAAGCCGUACACUGAGGACCUGACCGCCCACGUGCGCCGGAACGCCCUAAGGGUGGCCGAGGUGUGGAUGGACGAGUUUAAGAGCCACGUCUACAUGGCCUGGAAUGUUCCUCAGGAGGACUCAGGUAUAGACAUUGGCGAUAUCUCAGCGAGGAAAGCCUUGAGGAAAAGGCUGCAGUGUAAGACCUUCAGAUGGUACCUGGUGAACAUCUACCCUGAGAUGAGGAUGUACACGGACACCAUCGCGUACGGAGUGCUGAGGAACUCUCUGAAGAGCGAGCUGUGUCUGGAUCAAGGGCCCGACACCGACAACGUCCCCAUCCUCUACCUCUGUCAUGGCAUGACCCCGCAGAACGUGUACUACAGCAGCACGCAGCAGCUCCACGUGGGCGUGCUCAGCCCCACCAUCGACGACGACGACAACAAGUGCCUGGUGGACGUGAACGGGCAUCCGAGGCUGAUCGAGUGCAGCUACGCCGCGGCCAAGCGCAUGAAGCUGCACUGGCUUUUCACUCAGAGAGGCUCGAUACAGAACAGGAAGUCAAAGCGAUGCCUCGAGCUCUUGGAGAGCAACGAAAGCGAGUUCGGCUUCGAGCUCACCGUCCAGAAAUGCACCGGACAGAAAUGGACUAUAACCAGCAUACUGCCCGGUAGCUCUUUGUAACGGGAUGUCGGGGGGUUGUCGAGGACACUGGAGAGCACCGAGAAGCCUGGGUAAUGACGAGGAGACCACGAUGCACCUGGAUGUCUCUAUUUGAACUUGACAUCAUAUGAUAAAUGUUAAACAUUUUUAUCCCUAGCUACUGUACAUGUGCAUAUGGAUCAGCCACGUCUGGCAGCUUGGCCAGUGAAAUAUUGGUAUAUUUAUCUAAUAUUUUUCUUAUUAUAAAAUCCUGAUACCAAAUAUGAUAUAGUGAAGCCUAUUUCUAGAUAUUUGCACUCAUCUUAAGUGAUGUUCAAACUAUUUAGGAGGAUUUAUUUAUGAGAAAUCAUAAUAUUUUAUUUCUGCAGUUCAGACUUGAUUCGAAUUAACAAUUUUCAUAUUUUAUGGAAAACAGCUGCUGUUUCUUUUUCAGUUGCUGUAACCAAUGAGCAUUAAAAGGUUGCACCACACGACCUCAUGCAUGGACCAGAAUCAUGGAAAGUCUACGGAAAGAGAAAAAGGAGGGAAAGUAACAUCCUUUUCAUUUAUAGAAUGACUUGAACACCAAUUUAAAUUGAAAAAAAAAAAACUUUAAAAGAAAACUUAAUCAUCCAUACUACUACUACUAUUAACAAUAAUAAUGAUGGUAAUAAUAAUAAUAAUGUUUUGGGGCAUUGGGGGCUCAGUGGUAGGUGUCUCAUGUCAUGCAGAAGGCCUGAGUUUGAUUCCUUUCCAAACCCCAGCCUUUUAUCUGAGUCCGAAGCCUGGAUAAAAUGAGAGGGUUGCAUCAGGAAGUGCAUCCAGCGCAAAACCUCUGCCAGGUUGUGUGAAGAUAAGGGUUUGCCAGAGCAGACUAUCUGAACAGGAGCAGCCAAAAGACCACCAAAAUGUGUAAUUAUUA